UCUGUCAUAGCCCCCGAUUUGAGUGCGUUGCUCAGUUUCCACUAUGGGUAGUGGUAGUUGCUGGCUUAUCAAACCCUUCUGGCAUGCGACAUAUUUAUAUCUGAAGCAUCGCGCAAUUGUGUAAUUGUAUCUACAUUUUACUAUUUUAUUAUUUUGAAGCCCCGGCAUUUAACAAUUGGAUUUAUCUCAGCUGGACACCAUGACUGCCGAGGAGAUCAUAAAUGUGAAGGAAGUCGAGAUCAUCAAAGUGAUCUUGGACUUCCUAAACUCCAGAAAACUCCACAUCAGUAUGCUAGCCCUAGAAAAAGAGAGUGGCGUCAUCAACGGCCUCUAUUCUGACGACAUGCUCUUUUUAAGACAACUCAUCUUGGAUGGGCAAUGGGAUGAAGUCCUGCAAUUCAUUCAGCCCCUGGAGGGCAUGGACAAGUUUGACAAGAAAAGAUUCCGCUACAUCGUCCUGAAGCAGAAGUUUCUGGAAGCGCUGUGUGUCAACAACGCCAUGUCUGCGGAGGACGAGCCCCAGCAUAUGGAGUAUACGAUGCAAGAGGCGGUGAAGUGCCUACACGCCCUGGAGGAGUUCUGCCCGUCUAAAGAGGACUACAGCAAGCUGUGUCUGCUGCUGACGCUGCCCCGCCUCACGCACCACGCCGAGUUCAAGGACUGGAACCCCAGCACGGCGCGCGUCCACUGUUUCGAGGAGGCCUGCGUCAUGGUGGCCGAGUUCAUCCCGGCCGACCGCAAGCUGAGCGAGGCAGGCUUCAAGGCCAGCGGCAACCGGCUCUUCCAGCUGCUCAUCAAGGGCGUGCUGUACGAGUGCUGCGUGGAGUUCUGCCAGAGCAAGGCCACGGGCGAGGAGAUCACCGAGGGCGAGGUGCUGCUGGGCAUCGACAUGCUCUGCGGCAACGGCUGCGACGACCUGGACCUGAGCCUGCUCAGCUGGAUGCAGAACCUGUCGGCCAGCGUCUUCUCCUGCGCCUUCGAGCAGAAGAUGCUGCAGAUCCACACCGACCGGCUGGUCAAGCCGGCCAAGACCGGCUACGCCGACCUGCUCACGCCGCUCAUCAGCAAGCUCUCGCCCUACCCAGCGUCGCCGCUCAGGCGGCCUCAGUCUGCCGACACCUACAUGUCGCGCUCGCUCAACCCGGCGCUGGACGGGCUGUCGCACGGGCUGGCCGGGCAGGACAAGCGGACCGGGGGGUCGGGAGGUGGUAGCGGUGGUGGUGGAGGAGGAGGAGGGGUAGGGGGAGGAAGGGGGAUUAUCUCACCCAUGUCGCACUCCUUCGCCAACUUUCAGUAUCCAGGCGGGCAGGGGUUGAGCCGUAGCCUGAUGAUGGAGAACUCAGAGUGCCACAGCAUCUUCGAGGAGUCUCCAGAGAGCUCCAGGACUGACACGCCCUCAGACAAGAUGAUGAACUCGGCGGGACCCCAGAAGCAGAGGCCAGUCUCAGCCCCAGGAGAGGACGCCCCGACACCGGAGAAGAACGAGCUGCGGAACUCCACGGAGCAGUUUGAGGAGUACUACCGCCAGCGCCUGCGUGUGCAGCAGCACCUGGAGCAGAAGCAGCAGCAGCGGCAGCUCUACCAGCAGAUGCUCCUGGAGGGAGGCGUGCAGCACCAGGAGAGCCCGCCCGCCGACAAGCACAACCUCACCGAGGCCUUCCUCAACAGGUCCAUCCAGAAGCUGGAGGAGCUCAACGUGGGCAUGGACGACCUGGGGGAGGACGUGCAGGCCCUGACCCAGCAGUGCAACGGCCAGGCGGAGAACGGCAGUACCAGCGUCGUCUCCGAUAUGUCCAGCUCCCUGGGGGACGUGGUGGUGUGCAGCACCCCGCAGAGGACGGCCAUGAGGCAGGGGGCUCCGCCCAUCAGCGAGUCCCCAGUCCGCUCCCCAAGUGUCCCGCGGGAUAAGUCAAAACCUGGCUCAGGACUGGAGGAUUCUGGUGGCACCAAAACCCCCUCCAAGGACCCAGAGGGUGAGAAGGCCAAAGCCACGUUUGUGGCCGUCAACACUCUGGAGGACACUCAGGCGGUGCGCGCUGUCGCCUUCCACCCCACGGGGGCGCUGUACGCCGUGGGCUCCAACUCCAAAACACUGCGUGUGUGUGCCUACCCAGACGCCCUGGACACAAGGGGGUCGGGAACACCCAAACCGCCGGCAGUCCGCUUCAAGAGGAACAAACACCACAAGGGCUCCAUCUACUGUGUGGCCUGGAGCCACUGUGGACAGCUGCUGGCCACUGGCUCCAACGACAAAUAUGUGAAAGUACUGCCCUUCAACGCAGAGACCUGCAACGCCACAGGCCCUGAUCUUGAGUUCAGCAUGCAUGACGGCACCAUUAGAGACCUGGCCUUCAUGGAGGGGCCGGAGAGUGGGGGGGCCAUCCUCAUCAGUGCCGGCGCUGGGGACUGCAACAUCUACACCACUGACUGCCAGAGAGGACAGGGCCUGCACGCGCUCAGUGGACACACAGGUACACACACCAACACACACACACACACACACACACACACACACACACACACACACAAACACACAGAGAGACUACACAGACUUAGGUUCCCAUAUUUGUGUAUCCUCCUCUCAGGUCACAUCCUGUCUCUGUACACCUGGGGAGGCUGGAUGAUUGCGUCCGGCUCCCAGGACAAGACCGUGCGGUUCUGGGACCUGCGGGUGCCCAGCUGUGUGAGGGUUGUGGGGACAGGCUUCCAUGGCUCAGGUAGCCCUGUAGCGUCCGUGGCCGUGGACCCCAGCGGGCGCCUUCUGGCGACGGGCCAGGAGGACAGCUCGUGUAUGCUGUACGACAUCCGCGGGGGGCGCAUGGUGCAGACGUACCAACCCCACGGCAGCGACGUGCGCUCUGUGCGCUUCUCCCCAGGAGCGCACUACCUGCUCACCGGCUCUUACGACACCAAGGUCAUGGUCACCGACCUGCAAGGAGACCUAACUAAGCCUCUGCCCGUGACUCUGGCGGGUGAGCACGGGGACAAGGUGAUCCAGUGCAGGUGGCACACACACGACCUGUCCUUCAUCUCCUCCUCCGCUGACCGCACAGUCACCCUGUGGGCGCAAAGCGCCUAGGAGGACAAGCAGCAGAGCCACCUUUAAGCACAGCACAACACAGCACAGAGCAGACUAGUACUUUUCCUCGCCACCAGGGGGAGACGUAAGCACGCCAAGACCAGAGCCGUAGAUAGGUCUCUAUACACGACUCUGGCCCAGACCUAAACACACUCCACAGCAGUGUCCCUCUUUCUCCUGGCAGAGGGUGUCAUGGGGAAUGAGUUCAUGUUUCAGUGUGCCACAGAGUGUGUGUGCAUCUGUGUGUGUGUUUCUGUGUAUACUGUGUGUGUGUGUGUGUGUGUGUGUGUGUGUGUGUGUGUGUGUGUGUGUAUGUGUGUGUGUGUGUGAGCGAGAGAGAGAGAGAGAGAGAGAGAGAGACGAUGAAAUGAGGAUGUGUACAGUAUUGUAGUUCCUGCACCUUUUGUGUUAAUUUAUUAUAUUAGUCUAUGUGCUCAUGAAAUGCUUCUAAAAAUGAUAUACCUUCUCUUGACCCAAUACCGUAUAUACUGGUAACAAGACUCAAGAUGUUUCCAGUCCAUGUGCAUACUAAAAAGGUGAAAGAGCUGUUCUGUCAGAAAAUGAAAAUCAUUCCUACUCUGUGUAGACUCCAGACUCUUGUGUAGUGUCUCAGAAUGAUGUGAUCCGCCACAUUCCAAUGUGCUCGGAAAAUAAUGAGCAUAAAGCAAGAAUAGAUGCUUUAGCUGAAAUGUUGCUCUGUUGGUGCCUUGUGAAUUAGGUUCCAGUUUUAUCCAUUUAAAAAGCUUUACUAAUGAUAGAAACACAGGGUAUGCCACCCUUCUGUGAAAGAUCUGUGUGUGUGUGUGUGUGUGUGUGUGUGUGUGUACAGGGGUUCCUGUGUGUCUGUACAGCAAGUCUAUCUUAUCUUAGAGCAGGCUGAGAAAUAUAAGGUGAAACUCCUGUAAACACUUCUCCAAGUUAUCUGUGCAAAAAGACUGCAAGCGCCUCAUCUCACCAAUUCCAUGUUCUUUGCAUAGUUGCAGUACAGAUAAUAAUAAUAAUUAUGAUAAAUUAAUGACAAAGCAUGAUGUGAACAUUUCGGCAUUCCUUUCUGGUUCCAUAGUCCUUUACUGGAGCAUGCGUGUAGCUGCUAUUACAUGAAGAUCAAGUUUUAAGUGCUGCAGACAUUUGAUCCAUUAUGAGGCACUCAGUCGGGUAGAAGAACAAAGCAAGUUUCCCAGAUAGAUGCUGCUGACCGGAGCAGCCAGAUCAGAGCCAUAGCCAGGUGUCUCUCUAGGUGUUCUCUUAGUGUUGCUGAAGUAUUAUUUGGAUUUUGCAAACGGCCGCUCAAUGCUGUCUGAAACCUUUUGAUCUGUAAUUAGCAGUGUUCUGUAAUUAUUUGGUAACUAUAAAUUGAUGUUCUAUGGCAGCCAUCAUUGUGCCCGUUGACCUGGCUUGCUUGCGUUUGCAGUUCCACAGAAGUGCGUAUGCAGUGUGAACCUUGGGGUUUGGAUCAAAUAUUUGAAAAUUCAAAGGCUCAUAGGAUACAUGUUGUAGAACUGUAUAGUCUGUUUUAUCUCCUUAUAGUGUCAUACUGUAUAGUGGCAUUGACAAAAUGUAACUGAGGGUUGUGGUCUUCUCAAAAGGGAACAAUUUUGUCUGAGAAGCAUGUCAUUCUAACUAUUUUUUAAUAUUGAUUUUCAAAAAUGUAUUAGUGGCUUGAUGUUAUGUUAAUGUUGCACUUUUUCACAAGGAACUAAUAUUUUAAAAUGUAUAUUUAAGUUAAAUAUUUUUGCUUCAUGUACAGUCAUUUAUUUUAACAAAAUUAUUUACUAAUCAGUGAACUAAUUCAUAUUUAUUGUUUUAUUUUGAUGUAUAUUAUAAUUUCUUUUAGUUUCUUUAAGUAUCUUGUUAGCUUUUAUAUAAAUAUGGUGUAAAAAGCGACCAGUUCUGAAAAGUGUGACUGCUGCUGCAAUGUUGGAGUAAAGGCCUUUCUGUCACUCA